UUGAGACGAUGAAUACGUAGCGUGAAUUCAAAUUUAAUUAUAAAAAUAAUUUAAGAAAAUUAAAUGCGAUAAAAUUCGAUUUGGUUUUUUCCUAAAUAUUUAAUUAUAAAUAUUUAAAAAAUAAUUAACUGCAAUUAUUUGUAAAAAUAAUUCUCAUAUAAAAGAUCGUCGCUCAAUUGAAUUCAUCAUGAGUGAUAGAAUGUUCAUUAAAAAUCAAUUUAUUCCAGCACAAAAUUAUUCAAAUGUUAUUGAGCCAUUACCAAAACGUCAAUUAAUAUUAUUUUAUAUUGAAUCAAUAUGUAUUGGUGUAUGGAUAUUAAUAAAAUGGUUAUUAUUUUUUAUAUGGAAUAAUAUAACAAUAGCAUCAAAAAAUCAUUUUAAUCGUAAUCAAAAUAAUCAACAACAACAACAACAGCAGCAACAAUAUCAUCAACAAAAUCAAAAAUCAUUAGAAUUAUUAAAUAAUUAUUAUUAUUAUUCAACAAUUAAUAAUGAUUAUUAUCCAAAUAAACCACCACAAAUAUUAGUUGAUAAUAAACUUGGACGUCAUUCAUAUAUUAAAUUAAAAGGUGUUAAAUUUCAUUAUGUUGAAUGUGGUAAUAUUGAAAAUCCAUUAAUAAUAUUAUUACAUGGUUUCCCUGAUUGUUGGUUAGGAUGGUAUAAACAAAUUAUUGAAUUAUCAAGAUUUUUUCAUGUAAUAUCAAUUGAUUUAAAAGGAUUUAAUGAUUCAGAUAAACCAAAUUGGAGAAAUUUUUAUAAACCAGAAAAAAUCUGUGAAGAAUUAAAACAAUUUAUAUUUUCAUUAGGUUAUAAUACAACAACAAUAAUUGGACAUGAUUUAGGUGCAUUAAUUGGAUGGUAUUUUGCACAUACAAAUCCAGAUAAUAUUGAACGUUUUAUAUGUAUAAGUACACCACAUCCAAAUUUAAUAUGGGAUAAUUUAAAUACAAAAUGUAUUAUGAAUAGAACAUGGUUAAAAUUUAUUCAAUUACCAUAUAUACCAGAAUUAGAUCAUUCAUCAAGAUAUUCAAAUUUUUUAGAAAAAUGUUUAUCAAAAAUUUUAUUAGAUAAAUCAUCAACAACAACAGCAGCAUCAAAAAUUUUAUAUUCAAAAAAAUCAACAUCAAAUACAAAUUUAAUAAAUAAUUUAUAUUUAAAUAAUAUAAAUAAUCAAUUAAUAUUUGAUGGUAAAAAUUUUGAUCAAAUUUAUACAAAAGAUAAUUUAAAAGAUUGUUAUAAAUAUAUAUUUAGUAGACGUAAUGAUUGGACUGGACCAUUAAAUUAUUAUAGAUCAUUUCCAUUUUAUCGUAUUAAAGAAAAUUGUAUUAUUAAAUGUCCAGUUUUAUUAAUAACUGGUAAUGAAGAUGAUUAUUAUCGUUUAGAAUCAAUUAUUAAAAGUACAGAUUAUUGUAAUAAUUCAAUUGUUAAAAUAAUUGAAGCAUGCGGUCAUUGGCCACAUAGGCAAGCCUCAAUCGAAUUUAAUAAAAUUUUAUUAAAUUUUUUAGUUGGUAAAAGAGCACAAGAACAACAAUAUAUUGAUGAAAUGAAUAAAAUGAAUACAAAUAAUGAUGGUAAAAAUAAUAUUAUGACAAAAGGUAUUAUGGGAAGAAUGUUUGGUGCUGUAACAAGUACAAGUGUUAAAAUUGGUUCAUCUGUUAUUGAUUCGGUACAUCAAAAAACUAAUACAGUACUAAAUAAUGCAUUAUAUUAGAAUUUAUUAUAUGUAUGUAUAUAUGAGAAUAUACAUAUAUAUAUACAAAAUUUUUUUUUUAAUAUGUUCAUUGUUAAUUAAUUUUUUCGUUUAUUUUUCUAUUCGA